AUGGGGCAAUUGACUCAACUGACAGUUGGUCAUCAGUGGUUAGGAACAAAUUUGGGUUAUAAGCCUACCAGUAGUUGGGCAAUAGACCCGUUUGGAUUAUCACCAACUAUGCCUUAUUUAUAUAAAAAGUCAGGAUUGCAAAAUGCUCUUAUUCAGCGUGUGCAUUAUGCGGUAAAAAAACGUUUGGCCCAAGAUAAGAAUCUUGAAUUCAGAUGGCGCCAAUUGUGGGAUACCAUUGGAUUGUCUGAGAUAUUGACACAUAUGAUUCCAUUCCCUGGUUAUGGUAUACAAUAUAGUUGUGGUCCAGAUCCUUACAUUUGUUACCAAUUCGAUUUCCGUAGAGUGUGGAGUUGGAAUCCUUUCGCAAGAAAAUAUAUACCUGAAGAAAUAACAACAGAAAAUUUAGUGGAACGAGCAACAACGUUAUUGGAUCAAUAUCGAAAGAAAGCACAACUUUAUAGAUCAAAUGUUCUUUUAGUGCCACUGGGAGAUGAUUUUCGUUACACCACAAGUGAUGAGUGGGAUUCCCAGUAUAAUAAUUACCAAAGGUUAUUCGACUACAUGAAUGAAAAUAAACUAUUUCAUGUUGAUGUCAAAUUUGGCACACUGACUGAAUAUUUUAAUUUACUUAGAAAUGAUCUAGAUAUAGAUCAACUGCCUAGCUUGUCUGGUGAUUUUUUUACUUACGCUGAUAAAGACGAGGAUUACUGGAGUGGAUAUUAUACAUCACGUCCUUUUCACAAGCGACUUGAUCGUGUUUUAAUAGAUGCUUUGCAUGGUGCUGAAGUAAUAUCAUCAAUAGCAUGGGCAUCUGGUUUCCAUUAUUUACAUCAUGACGGUAUCACUGGUACAGCAAGAGAUAAUGUUGUGAAAGAUUAUGCUGAAAAAAUGAUUGCCGCUUUAACUAAUUUGGCCCACGUCACCCAACAAUCAGCAGUUCAUUUAUUGCGAACUGGUGAGGACUUAAUUUUGGAACCAGAAUCAGUUUAUUUGACUCUAGAUCAGAUUCGUUCUCAUCACACUAGUAUUGAUGACAAACAGGUACUAUCAUUUAGCGAUAAUGACAAUUUCAAAAGGGUUGUUAUUUAUAAUUCCUUGCCUCGAAAGCGAGAAAGAGUUCAAACAUUAUUCGUAUCAACGCCUUUUGUGAAAGUUACUGAUAGUUAUGGUGAGCCAAUACAGAGUCAAAUAUCACCAAUUUGGACUGAAUCAGCUACUUUUUCAGAUGAACAUUAUGAAUUAUCAUUCGUCGUUACCGUAGCCGGUUUUGGGCUCAAUACAUACUUGAUUCACUCAGUUAAAAGUGAUGAUAAAUUAUCGUCACGUGUUAAUAUUGCGAACAUAACUCUACUCAAUGCAAAAAAUCAACCAUAUAGCGUACCAGGAUUUGAAAAUAUUCAAAUCGUUUCGUCCCCGCAGGAAUUCUCGAUUAGACAACGUCCAGAAAUUUCUGCUCAUUUCUCGAAAUCUGGACUACUGAAAUCGUUGCAAACUGGAGACACUACAGCUUCAGUCGACAUGGAAUUUGUUACAUAUGAGACUGAUAGUGGUGGUACGUACUUAUUUAUUCCAAAUAAACCAGAUCCUGAUCCAAUUUACACGACAGACGACCACAUUAUUCAUUUAGUCACCGGACCGAUCUUAUCGCGAGUAUUUAUACAAUUACCACAGGUCAAACAAACUUAUACGUUAUUUAAUUCACUUGGAAGCGAUGGUUUGGGACUUCAUGUUUCAAAUUUAUUUGAUAUUACGGAAACUAAUAACUUUUAA